AUGGUAUGUUCUCUAUUUAUGUGCUGGAUGGCCACCAAAACUGCUACCCAGCCGAAUCAAGCGACCCUUCAGUUGCUUCAAAGCCAUGACAAACCACCUUAUCCACAGUCCCACUCUCCACAUCCUCCGUCAAUUUCAGAUACCACGGAGAUCCUGGAUACGGACUUUGAAUCUGAUGCCUACGAGGACUUAUCCUUUGGUUCAGGGCACAGAAGCUCCGGAUCUCUUGCCGGCAGUGUGACGACUGCCUCCACCCCAGAUGAGAUUAAGACGCCGGACUCCACGGGACUUACAGGCUUCCACUUCCAUAUCGAUGAGAACCCAGUGGCAGGUCCUGUCGGACCACACCUUUUCCUACUUUCGACCGAUGCGUCGGCGUUGAAGGAGCAGUCUGUGGAGGUUGAGUUGGUUACGGAAGAUGCUCCGCUCAGUGCCGCAAUUCCCAUCUACAGUCCCGUCUUGAAGCCGGAACCCGAGAGACGGGAUACUCCAGUUCCGCUGAAUUCCAAGACGUCCACGCCCACGCCGAAUGACCCUACCCCAGAAGAGCCGUCGAACUCCAAUGUCGCCAGUUGGUCACCUCAAGAUGUGGUCAUGUGGAUGCUCCAACUCGGGUUCGAGGAGAGCAUCGUGGAGAAGUUCUUCAUUAAUGACAUCUCGGGUGCGAUCCUUCUUGAGCUCGAGGCCAACGACCUCAAAGAACUCGAUAUUCAGUCUUUUGGGAAGCGCCACCAUUUAAUGAACUGCAUACGACAGCUGAAAAGUAGUGCGUCGAUGCCUGGCGGCGAUAUACAGGUUACUUGGGAUCCUUCAUCUCGCGAAGACAACUCGACUCCAAAAACCACAGCUGCUGAUGUUGGAACCAAUUGCUGUACAAGCCCAGUCACCGACGAAGAAAGGCCGGACUCCGGAAACAAACAGCACAAGCACCGCCGCCGCCGUCGUCACAAGCGCCAACAGGGGUCCGAUAUUGUACCCGAGGAUUCUGUCUCCAUUGUUGCUAUCGAGCAACUGUUGCCCCGAAUGCACAUGUGCUCUAAGGGAGAGAAUUGUCGCAAAUGGCAGAAGCAACAAGCAAAGUUGACUCGCUUGGCCAGGGGUCUUCCGAUCGAGUCACUCAGUGGUGGUGUCACUAUCACAGGUGACCCAGGGAACGCUGCUACGGCACAAACGCUAGCCAAGACGCCCAAAUCUGAUGUGACACCAUCCCUCAUUGCCUCGUCCGACGUUCUGGGGCCCCAUCAGGCCCCCGAUCUUCAGCUCUCCAAGGAGAAAUUGAGCGAUGUACAACCCAGAGAUCCCCAGGAGAACGUACGCAACUUCUUGAACUUCCAGCGCCUGAGCAGACUUCAACCAGUGAACGAUCCUGCCACUCCUCCCAGGGAAUUUUUCCCGUCCCCUGAGUCCGACUCACCUGGAAAGGCGAGUCUCGCUGAGAACCUUCGGCAUCUCCCUAAGCUUCGAAUUCCUAGCACUCAUAUCUCGUUUGCGAGCUCAAGCCGAUCUCCCAACUACUCGGCCCAGCGCACCGUUACUCCAUCUAUUCUGCGCAAGCAGCAGUCGUUCAGUCAACCAAAUCCUCAAUCGUCCCCGCACACGUAUUCUUCUUCAGCUUCCCCCUCUGACUUCUAUCGGCAAGAUCCUCAUUAUGGGCAAGAUACACCGUUCUCCGAAAUGGACAUCCCUAUCACGGCCAUCCACCUGGGCCCAGUCGAACGCAACUGCUCACAGUCGGUCCCACCGAAUAUGCGUUUUGGGCAUCACAUGGGGGAUCCAAUUCCUCGGCCGGCAUCCACAAAGGUUGAAAAUCAUCGUAGACGGCCUUCUCAUAACAACAACCCUGCGCUCUGUCCUCUGGACGAACUCGAGGCUCUCGGACCCAUUGAUACUCCCGAAGAUCUCGAUCGGACGCCCCGAGCUGCUCACUGCAAGACCCCCUUCAGCCCCGAUGGUCCCCACGCCAAUGAUAUUAUUCACAGUGGCUGGAUGAAGAAGCGAAAAACGACCCGUCUGCUGCGUCAUGAAUGGGAGGACCACCACUUCACCCUACGGGGUACUCAGCUUGCCAUGUACCCGGAUGAAGACGCUUCUCGACGCGACUCGAAGGCCCUUGAAUACAUCGAUGUGGAUGACUAUGCCGUUGCCUGCUCAUCUCUGGCUUCCAGUUCCAAGUUAACCGCCGCUUUCAAGAAGACUGUUCUGAAGCGCAGGGACAACACUCAAGGCGAAGCUGCGUUUGCUUUCUGCUUGAUCCCCUCACCAAACGCCGGUAGCGACCGCAAGAGCUUCUUCAAUCAGGCUGCUAAGACGCACCGUUUUGCUGUCAAGACCCGGGAAGAGCGCAUUGACUGGAUGAGAGAGCUGAUGCUUGCCAAGGCACUCCGGCGAGGCCGAGAGAGCGGGGCCACUCUAAAUCUAAACGGCAACCCUCUCUAA